CCAUCCGAAACGGAUCCAGGAAUAUUGAUCAUCUUGUUUUCCUAUAAGAACUUAUCUCUCUGGUUGAAGGCAUCACAUACCAUGGACGACCGGCCACUCACACAACUUUACGCCGAGUCUUUUCAGGCUAAACGGCCAAUGCCCAAGUCAGUGUCCGCGCAGGAGUCUCAAGGUCAGGUUAACCACAAACCAACCAAGGGGACAAAGCAAGGGGAGAAGCAAGAAAAUUCUAAGAAUAUACUUCUUGGCUAUGCACAAGACGUUCCCCAGAGCAGCUCCCAAAGAGUGGGCCAGGCAGCUCAAUCGCCCGUUAUCCGGAGAGAGUCACCCUGGGGCACAUUGAACGAUCUUUUUACCUGUGAUCUUGCAGGUCCCGUAUCAAUUGCCGUCCAUGAAGAGGACCCUUCUAAGGUGAUUGCUGUCCGUGCAUUCUCCAAGAAGAAAGCAGAUAUAUGGCUGCAGGUACUCCGGCAGACCCACCAUCCCAACGUUAUCUCUGCAAACGAAAUCUUCAAGGACCAUGGCAUGACAUAUUUUACCGUUGAUGACCUGCCUCUGACUUUGGAACACCUGGUCGCCUGUGAUAUAUUCCCGUCUGAGCUACAGCUGGCUUCUAUACUUGCACAGGUGCUUAAUGGAGUAUCGCACUUACUAGAAAAUGGCUUUGAGCAUCAAUCCUUGACGUGUUCUAAUAUCCUCCUGGGGCAAGAUGGAACUAUUCAGAUUGGGGCUUUAGAGCACUGUAUCGAACGCGAGCCACAACAAUCUCAGACGCAGAUUCUCCGAUCGUUAGCAAAUAUCACAAUGUUUCUUAUGCAGAAGUAUCUGAAGCCUGAUGGUGUGAUUGGGAUUGACGGUACCCGUUGGCAGUCUGACUCAUUAGAGUUCCUGUCAGCAACGGCAUCGGUCGCAACCAUCCAAGACUUAAGAAAGCAUUCCCUACUCACGAAGCACCGCUGGUCUGCAGGCACGCUAGUCGGGCUUGCCCGUCUCUGCCUUAUCACUACACGCACUUUUAUCACGAAACCAUGGAUCCAAAAUUAAACGAGAUAGAAGACAAGGACAUGUCCUGAAUAUUUUUAGUUAUCUUAUCUGGGCGAAAGCAAGUAGUAUUUCGUAUAAUUUCAAACCGAAGCAGCGAAAUCAGGAUGGUACGGUCAGAAAUUGG